AUUCUCUCUCUCUCUCUUUCUUUCUCUUCUUAUUAAUCCGUCCAGCGUAGGGGAAAAAAAAAAAAAAAAAAAUCCAUCCAGAGUCCAGUCACCUCAUGACCUGAAUUUGGUACAGAUUUCUAUCUCCAACAAUCUGAUACUCGUGGGAUCUUCCCUUUUCAUUUCUUUCGUAUAAUGUUGGAAUUGGGGAUUGGUAGAUCUGGAUCGAGGAGGAAGUAAUAGGAGGGAGUAGCGUCGGAGAGAGAGAGAGAGAGAGAGAGAGAGAGAGAGAGGGCGAGAUAGGAAGAGAGAGACAGAAAGUGAAGAUGAGUGAGAGCCAGAGGUUCCAGCUGGGGACUGUUGGGGCUUUGAGCUUGUCAGUUGUAUCGUCGGUUUCGAUUGUGAUAUGCAACAAGGCUCUCAUUAGUACUCUCGGUUUCACUUUUGGCGUUAUUGGGGGCUACAGCCACAACAUUGACGAGCUGGCAUCUACUGGUCACAUUCUGUUCUCUUCAUGUGGCAUUAUGGAUGAAAUUGUUCGAACACAAGCCUUUUGAUGCAAGAGCUGUAAUGGGAUUUGGCAUAUUAAAUGGCAUAUCCAUUGGGCUUUUGAAUCUUAGCUUGGGUUUCAAUUCUGUUGGCUUCUACCAGAUGACAAAAUUGGCAAUAAUCCCAUGUACAGUUCUUUUGGAGACACUUUUCUUCAGGAAGAGAUUCAGUCGGAAUAUCCAGCUGUCGUUGGCGAUCCUUCUUGUGGGUGUUGGAAUCGCAACUGUGACUGAUCUUCAACUUAAUGUCCUUGGUUCUGUCUUAUCUCUACUUGCAGUUGUGACAACCUGCAUUGCUCAAAUUAUGACCAAUAGUAUCCAGAAGAAGUUCAAAGUCUCUUCCACCCAACUUCUAUAUCAGUCUUGCCCCUACCAGGCGUUAACUUUAUUCAUCAUUGGUCCAUUUCUAGAUGGUCUGCUGACUAAUCAAAAUGUUUUUGCUUUCAAGUACACCCCUCAAGUUCUGUUGUUCAUAGUUCUCUCCUGCCUGAUAUCUGUCUCUGUCAACUUCAGCACUUUUCUUGUAAUUGGGAAAACAUCUCCCGUCACCUAUCAGGUCCUGGGGCAUCUAAAAACAUGUCUAGUUUUGGCCUUUGGUUAUGUUCUACUUCGAGAUCCUUUUAGCUGGCGCAACAUUUUCGGGAUUCUUAUUGCAGUAAUUGGGAUGUUACUAUAUUCAUAUUACUGCACUGUUGAGAAUCAGCAGAAGGCCAGUGAAGCAUCAACAAAAUUGCCCGAGGUCAAGGAAAGUGAAUCUGAUCCUUUAGUUGGUGUGGAAAAUGGAAGUGGAAUUUUAGCUGAUGGUAUUGUUCAAAAAGCUACUGUAUGGAAUUCGAAUAAGGAUCUUCAUGCGUAAACCUCGUUUUUAUAAAUUCAUUCACCCUAGAUCGAUAUUAGUAGGUGAAAUUCAGCAAUGAAGAUGUUGCUGACGAGCUGUCUUGAUAUAUCCUGGGUAUUCUGAGAUUAGUACUUCUUUAUAUUAGACUAAGAGUUUAAGGAAAUUGCCCUUUAUAUAGCAUUUUUUGGUUAAUGGUUUUGUAUGAAUCAGGCAUGCAGCAGGAUAAUACCAGAAUUUAUCUGUUAAAAUGUAUACUUCGUUCCCAAAUACUGGAAAAGAGAAAAAAAAAGAAUUCCAUUACUGUUCUGUCUUCUUGUAGUCAUGCUGAUCUUUGAAGAAUGAAAGCUUGUCAUCUCACUUGUUUUGAUA